AUGAGGUGCCACCUAUAUGUGGACGACACCCAGCUCAAUUUCUCCUUAACAGCUAAGCCCAGUGAGUCUGUGGAAGUCCUGAAUAGAUGCCUGGAGAACGUAAUGUGGUGGACGAGGGACAAUAAACUGAAGAUCAACGAAGACAAGACUGAGAUGCUGUUGCAUUUCAGCAUGUCUGCUAACAAGGAACUGGUUCCAAAGUCACCAUCUACUUCAAAGCAAGAGAAGAGAAAAGCAAAAGAUGCCUCUUCCUUAGUUCCCAUCAUGGAAAAUAAAGAACUUCCUGAGUUAAGAAGGAAGCCAAGUGUAACAGACAGUUGGAAGCACCCUCCCACUUCCUUACGGAACGAUUUCAUCCCAGAAGAGAUCUUUGUUGCUCUCACCUCUGCAGCCAAACCUGUCCCCUGUCCCUCAUAUCUCAGGCCUCCCACAAAAACCAAACAUAUGAAAGACUUCCAGGGCUGCAUUCGAACUGCUGACGGGGUCUGGCAGCAUCCCAUUCGCCGAAACAGGUUUCGCUACCUGAUACAGCAUCCCAUCUGCCUGACGGGAGCCGGAAGGGAUGUCUCUUUUCUGUACGAUGUCAUUGCUGAAAAAGAGAGGAGGACUCCUCCCACAACUCCUGUGCCAGAUAAGACUGCAUCCGGGAGAAGUUCCAAACAGGAAGCAGAUGUGGCCAGACCACCAAGAAGCAUAGCAGACAGUCUUGUCCCAGAGGAAUUUCACAUUGUAAAAAACAGAGGCGUCAUUGGCUUGGAGUAUUAUGAUGAUAAAUAUACAACUCUACUUGAAGACCAUGAAAACAGACUACGGGUCUUCCCAUCCAUGAAGCCAUCUGGGAGGCUGGAGGUUAUGCAGCUGAUGAAGGUCAUGGACACGAUGCUGGAAAAGGCUGGAGUAGAUAAUGAGGAAACCGGGAUAACGGGGCUUUCUCAGAUGCACAAUGCCCUAGAAGUGCUGAAGAUGGAGCAGAACAUCUACAACAUCGUGUUUCAUGAGAUCAUCCGACAAGUCAGCGUGGACUGUGCGGAACGAGGAGAACUGCUCUCCAAGCUCAGACAAAGAUACGUUGAUAUCCUGGACCGGAUUCCCAGGCAGAUCAGGAAUCUCUACAAAGAAAUGAUGGCCCAGAGGGUAAUGGACAAGCAUAUCACAGAGGAGUUAUUCAGAUUCAAGGAAGCUGUGGGAAGGCUGACAAGGGAACUGCAGAUGGUCCGAGAACAUGACCGCAGAGCAACCACCGAUGCAGAAAAGACCCAUAAGGAGCUUGCUAAGGCAAUAUGGGAUUCUGAGAUGAAUGCAAACCUUUUGGACGAAUACCGUGAACUGUAUGAAUUGCAGAGAGCGAGACUCGAGGCACAGAUUCAGCAGUUAACCGAAGAGAAAGAACUCUGGAGUGGUGCUACGUAUGACCUUGCCCUCAAGGUGAUAGAAAAGAACAAGGUGAUCUUGGCUCGCAGGCUGUACGCCAGUGAAAAGGCUUGGACCAAUGUCAUGAGGCACUUCGUCGUACUUUUGGCAUCAGAGGAUGCCACAGAUCUUUCCAGCCUGCAGCAGCUGACGCAGGAGUACCGAGGGCUCUUGUGCCGAAUUGACACAGAGCUGAAGCAAGUUGAAGAAUCUAGCGGGGAGCAAAUAAACACCAUUCAGAAUGCCUUGAAUGGAUGGCUCAGUCACUUCCGGGAUCACGUCCUAGGAUCUUAUACUGCUGCAAAAGGAGCUGCUUUGUUGGAUGAAAUCAUGGUGGACCUCAAAGACUGGGAGAAGGUGCUGAAUAAACAGUUGGAUCUGUUUGGGGGGGACGUGCACCUGACAAGGAAGGAGCCCCUAGUGACAGCUGAAAAGCUUCAGAAACAGUGGAUGGAGCUGGGAAACGGCAUCCUCAGCCGCCACAAGACUCUCAACGGCAAGAUGCCUCCUGAGUCGAAGCUGCUGGAGGAUAUCAACAAGAACUGUGAACAUCUCCAUCAGCAGUAUGCUGUAAGGAUUGGCGGAGAAAACGGGGUCACGAGGAUUUUAACAAGUCUGAUCAAUAGUAUGGAAGACUGGUCAUUCAGAAUGCUAGCCAACAAGCAAAAGGCUGGGAUGCUUGAAAAUGACUGGGUGAAAUUUUUCCAAACCGUUAGUGACUGGCUGAUUCAGAUGGCUGAUCUGUCGAAGUUCACUGGUUCCUGCGAAACCCCGGAGGACCGAAGGCUUAGAAUAAUUAAUUAUAUUCAGAUAAAACCAGAGGAUAUAUUUAAGAAGAUUCAGCACUGGAUCCUGACCACCAGUAGUGGUGCUGAGAAAGGAAACAUCCAACUUACCCAGGAAAUGACCGAGUUCCACAACAUCCUGAGUAAGUGGAUGGUGAACCUGCUACUCCUCAUGGUGCCAGACCAUACCUCUAGUGAGAGUCUUCCACCGACCGACGUGCAACUAGAGAGGCAGGCAGAGCGCAAGCUGCUGGACGUUUUCAGGCUGGAAGGAGAAGCCGCGAACCUGGCUGCCAAGCUGAGCAAGUUCUCCCAUUAUGUGGUCAGCUGCUGCAAGGACAUGGUUGCAUCGAUAACGCGUAAAAAAUUGGCUAAUUAUGAUCCAGAUGCAGAAUAUGAAUUGAGACAGUUGGAGAAGAUCAAGACAGAAUGCCUCGACUGGAUCCAAACUUGCAAUAUCCUGCUCUCUGGAAUGAAGACCACGCCCACCACUUUAAUCAGCACAGAGGAGCUCAUCACCCUGUUUGGGGAAGAGGCGCUCCGGCCGAAACCCCAACUGCCGCCUCACCCAGAGCAGGAAAGGGACACCUCUCCAGAGGAAGGAGAAGAGGCUCCAGAGGAGCAAAAGAAAGACGAAGUUCAGGAAUCUGGCAGUAAGGAGCCCGUGACUGAGACGGAAGUGCCGGAAACACAGCAACAACUACCUGUGUCCGGCACAAGCACCGAUCAGGAAGCUGUGAGUGCGGAGGGCGCUCAGUUGAUCAGAUACAUUGGACCUGAUUCUAAUGUUCACGUGAGGACGAUUGAGACAGAACAAGUCACAGUCUCGGGGAGGGAGCUGUAUGCCAGCCAAUGGACCACAAAAUACUCAAAGAAAGAAUUUCAGAUCCUGGCUUCACUGGAAAUUCUGGAGGAGCGGCUCCUGGAGGCUGAAAAGCGGGCCCAGCAGGCUGAAGAAAAUUCAGAAAGCCUUCACGAGCAACUGGAAGAAGCUCUGUCAAAGCUCCACGACUUGGAGGACGAGGAACCAAAAGAGGAGGCUACCCUGGAAACGGAAUCAAAGCCUAAGUCAGGUACGGCUUCACAGCUUGCUGGAUCUAAAGUAUCCACUAAGUCUAAGAAGUCCACCAAACCGAAGCGCUGA